CCUUUGUGCGCCCCUUGCUAGGAGCUUCAAUUCUGGUCAUCAUGUCAGGUCGCGGGAAGGGCGGGAAGGGCCUGGGCAAAGGCGGCGCCAAACGCCACCGCAAGGUGCUGCGGGACAACAUCCAGGGGAUUACCAAGCCUGCCAUCCGCCGCCUUGCCCGGCGCGGCGGGGUCAAGCGCAUCUCCGGCCUCAUUUACGAGGAGACCCGCGGGGUGCUGAAGGUGUUCCUGGAGAACGUGAUCCGGGACGCCGUCACCUACACCGAGCACGCCAAGCGCAAGACGGUCACGGCUAUGGACGUGGUCUACGCGCUCAAGCGCCAGGGCCGCACCCUCUACGGUUUUGGCGGCUAGGUCUACCAUUUUCCGUAACCUUUCACUUUUUAAACAAAAGGCCCUUUUCAGGGCCGCCCACAUCUUUAUGUAAAAGAGCUAGCAUGUUCCGGCAUACGACAACCUCUAAAUGCACAACACCUAAACAAUCUAGGAUCCGUAUUUUGGAAGUCCAGUAUUAAAAGCUUGAGAUGGUAUUUCCUACUGGGGUGGAUAACCUGGCUUGCUCUUGAUGCCGGAGUUCUUCGCGGAGCCGAAGAAUGAAAUUUGCAAACACUCAAGCAGCCAGAGGGACUGCAAUAAAGAGUAAAUCAGAUCAGGCCACUUCUCUGCUGAAAAUCCUCCAACGGCUCUCAUUUCACUCAAAGUAA